AAAGACUGAAACAAACUAGAAAGCGAUUACAACGAAAAAACCUCCAGAUUAAAAAAAGAGCCGGCCUCAGCUUCGUCGAUCUCUAAAUUCCCUGUGAAUUUGUCUAAUUUCGUCGCAUAUUCCACUCUCCUUCCCCAAAAUCUCACGAAGCCCUCUACAAAGUUAGUGUUUUGUCAGCGAGAUCGUCCAGAUCCAGCCGCUAAUGGUGGCGAGAAUGAUGCGGUGGAGGCCUUGGCCGCCGAUAAUGGCGAAAAAGUUCGAGGUGAGGUUGAAUUUGAGGAGGAUCGAGGGUUUCAAUGGGGGUGAGGAUGGAGCUAGGGUUUUGAUGGCGGAGGUGAGGUGGAAAGGGCCAAAAUUGGGGCUUGGGGCUUUGAGGAGGACGGUGAAGAGGAAUUGCACGAAGGAGGAGGAGGCGAAUGGAACGGUCGUCGAAUGGAACGAGGAUUUUGAGAGUAUUUGCAGCUUGACGUUUCAUAAGGAGAACGCGUUUCAUCCGUGGGAGAUCGAGAUUAGGGUUUUCAACGGCUUGAAACAAGGAUCCAAGAAUAAGACAUCUGUCAUCGGAAUGGCUUCUCUCAACCUUGCAGAAUUUGCUUGUACUGCUCAAGAGGAGGUUGAGAUAAAUCUUCCAUUGUUGCUGCCGGGUGUUAAUUCUGAGUCUCAUCCAUCACUUAAUUUGGCUCUCAGCCUGUUGGAGUUGAGAACAAGCCAGGAAUCUUCCGAGACAGUGCAAAGAUCUAUAGUGCCAGCUCCUUUGUCACCUUCCUCUGGAGAUGCUCUUCCUUCUGAGAAAGACGAGCUUUCUGCUCUUAAGGCUGGAUUGCGGAAAGUGAAAAUUCUUACAGACUUUGUGUCGACUAGAAAGGCUAAGAAGACUUGUCGUGAGGACGAAAGUAGUGAAGGAAGAUGUUCUGCUAGGAGCGAGGAUGCAGAUUACCCUUACCCAUUUGACACUGACUCCCUUGAUGAUGAUCUUGAAGGCGAACUAGAAGAGGGUAAGGAGAAUUCUAGUAUCAGGAAGUCCUUCAGUUAUGGUACUCUGGCUACUGCAAACUAUGUUGGUGGUUCAUUUUACUCUGAUAUGAGAAUAAAUGGAGAGUAUGAGGAUUGGGUGUACUAUAGCCAUCGCAAGUCAGAUGUGGCAUGUUCCCAUGCUGAGGAUAUGACAUCAUCUGUUCAGGAGCAGACUGUGUUGACUUCAAAGAGGAGCAUCCUUCCAUGGAGAAAGAGGAAAUUAAGCUUUAGGUCUCCCAAAGCGAAAGGAGAGCCUUUGCUGAAAAAGUGCAAUGGAGAAGAGGGUGGAGAUGACAUCGAUUAUGACAGGCGGCAGCUAAGUUCCUCUGAUGAGUCUCUCUCCGGAUUGAGGGGCAAGGUAGAUGAAGAUGCAGUUGCAAACAGUUCAUCCUUAUCAGAUUUUGGUGAUGACAAUUUUGCUGUUGGCAGCUGGGAGUCGAAGGAAGUAGUUAGCCGUGAUGGCCAAAUGAAGCUAUCCACUCAGGUUUUCUUUGCCUCAAUCGACCAGAGGAGCGAGCGUGCUGCUGGUGAGAGUGCAUGCACUGCUCUUGUGGCUGUCAUUGCUGACUGGUUCCAGUCAAAUCGUGAUUCGAUGCCAAUAAAAUCCCAAUUUGACAGUCUCAUCCGGGAAGGCUCCCUUGAAUGGAGAAACCUUUGCAAGAACCAAACGUACCGAGAGAGAUUCCCGGACAAGCAUUUUGACCUAGAAACCGUCCUCCAAGCAAAGAUCCGCCCUCUAUCAGUUGCCCCUGGGAAAUCCUUCAUAGGGUUCUUCCAUCCUGAAGGCAUGGACGACAACAGUGGCUUUGAUUUCUUGCACGGUGCAAUGUCUUUCGACAGUAUCUGGGAUGAGAUUAGCAGAGCUGGGUCUGAAUGCUAUGUUGAUGGAAACCCUCAGCUCUAUAUAGUGAGCUGGAAUGAUCACUUCUUUGUUCUGAAGGUCGAAAGAGAUGCAUAUUACAUCAUAGACACCCUCGGGGAGAGGCUGUUUGAAGGUUGCGAUCAGGCUUACAUCCUUAAGUUUGAUGCAAACACAUUGAUUCACAGAAUUCCUGCAGAGGACAGCAAACAAGCCAAUGGUGAGGGUUCAAAGACCGAGCAAGAGGUAGGCGAAAAUGAUGCUGCCCUUACUGAGCAAGAGCUGGUGUGCAAGGGUAAAGAGUCCUGUAAAGAGUACAUAAAGAGUUUCUUGGCUGCAAUCCCUAUCAGAGAACUGCAAGUCGACAUCAAGAAAGGACUAAUGACUUCUACUCCAUUGCAUCAUCGACUGCAGAUUGAGCUCCAUUACACCGAGCCAAUUUCUGCAUUGGUACUCUCUCAACCUGAAGAGUUUGUACAGCAAGAAGAGCAGAAUGCAGAAAUAGCGCCAAUGUCUCCAGUUGAAGAGUUCUCACAGCGGCAACUGCUGGCUGUAGAAGAGGCAGUAAUUUCUCCGAGAGAGGAGUCUAACGAUGACGAAGAGUCUUUCUUGAGGAAAGAAGAGUCGGUUGGGUCUACAUUUUCUCUAACACCGGCAGUGGAAGUUGUAUAGAGCGCUGAUGCGUGGGGUUAAUUUAGGAAAGGCUUGGUUUGAGCUCCCCUUUCUAUUUUAUGUCCCCGCAUAAAUAAUAUUAAUGACUGAGUGGUGUCUUGUUUUGAGCUUGGAUGGGUAAACAAAGGGAACCCGUUCUAUUAGAGAUGGUUUUUUUUAAAAAAAAAAUCCCCAUAGGCAGCUGACCUUGUAUGCAACUUCUUGGUUCUCUGUGUUGUGUCCUGGUUUUGUAAAGAAAAUGGUGUUUAUUGUUAUUGUCCUGUGUCUAUUUACUAAGAUACCACUGUUUCCCGUU